AAUUAACUCGUUUACAAUUUGCAGCGUAGAAAAAGUUUCGAGUGUCUGCAAUAAAACGCUUUUUAAAUGCAUUUGAACGAUGAAAUUGCUGCAUAAAAACGCACAGAAGAUGUUCAAUUCCAAAUGGAAUAAAUUCAUGCAGCGCGCGUGUUGUGCCAAGUGCUGAAUUGUGCGAAUGUGUGAAAACUCCUCGUAUUUAUAUUGAUUUUUACGUUGCCUCUGCGCUGCCAUCUCUACGCAUUGUUUAUUGUUAUUGUUUUUGUGACAGGUAAAAGGAGCUUCAACGUUGCGAAACUGCGUUGCAAACAUGCUGAUGAAACAGUCACUCUGGCAUCAUUAUUAGCUGAGCCAGCCCAACAUUGAUCAUUGCGCCAUCUAGCUGCAAUCUCAUAUCACACAUUGAUACGCAAUCUGGGGAGGAUUUAAUUGGAGAAACUGCGAUAUGGGAGGCUCGGUGAGCCAAGUAUUUCGUUCGGGCUCGGCGCUGCUCUCACAUCGGGAUGGCCAUAAGGUCUCCAAGGCGACGGAGGAGAAGAUUCAAACGCUUUUCGAAAUACUGCGUGCCAAUCCAAAAAUCUCAUUGCAAACACUGGAAAGUCUGUUGAUUCAAAUACCGAAAAACGAGAAUAUCCUGGUCAUACAUGACGAUUGUGGCUACAAUAUACUGCAGCGCAGCGUUGGACUCAAUCACAUCGAUCUCACCAAGUGGCUGCUGCAUCGCCAUCGUCCGGAUGUGAAUCGUGCGCCGUGCUCCCUUCCCCUGCACAUUGCCACCUUGCGUGGCUACGAGGAGUGCGUGGAGCUGUUGCUACGACAUGGCGCCCGCAUCGAUGCGGACACACGCAUGUGCUUCCCGGGCGCACACUCGCACAACUGCGAGGAGAGUGGCAAGUGGCACAGCAACGUCGACGAUGUCAGCGAACGCCUGAACACCAAGCUCCAAAAUGCUCUCUGUUAUGCCAUCGAUGGCGACCAGUAUAAUGUGCUGAGCAUGAUGACGCAAAAGAUGGAGGAACCCUGGAUACCGUUUCGGGCCAAGAAGCCGCUGCUGCACUUGGCCUGUGAGCGUGGCGCCUGGAAUUGUGUCCAGCAGCUGGUCGUGACACGCUCUGAGGAAAUCAAUCUCAUCAUGGACGAAUAUUAUCCCAUACAUCAUGCUGUGCUGCACGAUGGACGCUUUCUGGAGCUGCUCAUACAACAUGGUGCCAUUACCACAGUGCGCACCUGCACACAGCAGAUGACUCUGCUGCAUGUUGUAAUCUUUGCUGCCCGCAAGUCUGCUGAGGAUACGCAGGCCACGUUGCGCAUUCUGCUCGAUCGUGGCUGCAAGGAGUUGAUUAAUGCACCCGAUUCCCUGGGCAAUACGCCGUUGCAUGCGCUGAUCGUACGCUAUGCUCUGGAGGAGGCACGUUAUGGCUACGACAAGUGGAGUAAAUGGGAUGUGCUGCACUUGGUGCGUUUUCUGCUGCAGAAUGGCGCCAAACCAUCCAUCAAUCAAACUGGCAACAGUGUCAUUGCCUGCGUGUUUCGUCAUCUGCGUGACUGGGAAGUCUGCUAUGAGCUGCUCAACAUGCUCAUCAGGGAGGAUGGUGAUCCCAACAUUGUGGGCAGAGAUGGUUCAGUGCCCAUAAUGGUGCUAUUGGUGCCGCUGAUUAACAAGGAUCAUCUGCAUCAUUUCACGCAUUCAAUGAAGGUUUGCUAUUUGAACUGCAUACGCAUAUUGCUGCAGCAUGGCGCCAAUCCGAAUUGUUCGUAUCGGGCGAACUUGAAACCGUUGCAUGUGCUGGUCUUUACGGUCAGCGAGAAUUUUACGCUUAACUGUGAUGCACAGAAACGCACAAAUUUUGACUUUAUUAAGAACAUUCUGCUGCUGUUGCUGCAGCAUGGCCUGGACUGCAAUAAAACAUAUCAGCACAUUCUGCAGGCCGUUAUGGAUAUGGUGCAGAACGUGCGCACUUGCCACGAUAUGGAAUGCAUCUAUGAGCUAACCUUGACGCUUAUACAGUAUGGCGCCGAUCCCAAUAUUGUGCUUAGCAGCAAAACAACGCCUGGCAUUGCAAUCUUCUCCAGCGAAAUUGCCAGCUAUGGUGAGGCGCUAGGAAGUGGAGCUGCUGCUGGUGGAGGAGGAGGAGCUGUAGCUGGAGGAGGAGGAGUAGCCGGAGGCGGUGCUGGUGCCGCUGCUGCAAUGGGCGACAAUACGUUUCGCAAUUCGUUUCGCACAAACUCACGCUAUCUGCUUUUUUACUAUAUUAUACUGAUAACGAAAAAAGAAUUUAUACUCAACGAUCCGCAAUUGACAUUCACACGCAUUAUCCAUCUAUUCUAUCUAACCAUGGAGCACGAACCGCUCUAUAAUUGCCUCAAGUCUCUGCACAAUUUCUAUGUUGCCCAAGUGCCGAGCAAGAAGACGGAACAAUUGAUUGCAUUAAUCUCAACACUCUAUCGCCGACCGCGCAGCCUCAAGCAAUUGGCUCGAAUGGCCAUCUAUGAGUCUAUGAACCGCAAAUUGGCCCAAAAUGUGAAUCGUUUGAAUUUACCGGGUCCACUUAAGGAUUAUGUUCUGCAAUUUGAGAGAUAACAAGUGUAAAGCAAUUGAUAAAGCGUCGUCAAUGUUAACGUUUUUUAACGACCAAUGACUAAAAAACAACUACAACUAGAAUCAAUCAUAAUUGCAAUUGUUGUUAAGCUAUUAAUAUAAUAUUUGGCAUGCAAACCAAACAAAAACACACACAUAAAGCACACUUAUACAUAAUUGUAUAUGAAUUUACAGUAUAUACAUUAAUAUGCAGUUAGUCAAGUAAUUAAUUAGCCAAAGAAAAAAUUGUUUUUAAUUUUUUUUU